AUCCAGCCUCACCCUUUUUACUUCUUGCGCAUACUCAGGCAACAGUUUUGAGGUAAUUGCUGAUACUGACUUGAUAUCUGCGGCACGCGAGCUCAGUUACUCCCGGGCUCAAAGCAAAGCUCCUGCUCAACAGCUCGCUUGUGGUUGUAUGAUCACUACAACGUCAAUGCCUUGAUCUACGACCUAUAUCUACCUACAUAAUCCCUCGAGUGGCGGCUCGAUAUUUACAAUGGUCUCGUCAGAGUCUCAGGCCAUCACUCGGAGACCGUCCACUCAACAUUACCAGACGUUCUCCACACCACCGCCAAAGUCGCGUGGCCGUCCUCCAUCCCACGAUUCAGAUCGUUCGCACAGUUUCGGUAGUCCACAGUCCAAUGGCGAUGACGAUCAAAGCACAACGGGGCAGAAUAAGCUGCCCAAGAAGCAGAUGGCGGUAUUGGCGAUGAUAGCGCUCGCAGAACAAACAGCACUGAAUUCAAUAAGCCCUUAUCUCCCCGAUAUGACGUCGCGGUUCCCCGAAGUACAUGGUGAAAAUGUUGGAGUUUAUGUCGGAUUGAUUGCAUCGGCCUUUGCGCUGGCACAAUUUAUUACGAAUUAUUAUUGGGGAUGGUUAUCAGAUCGUGUGGGUAGGAAACCGGUGAUUCUGCUGGGGACUGCUUGCACUGCUGUGUGCUUCGUGCUUUUUGGGUUUUGUACAACGUUAUGGCAGGCAAUCUUGGUGCAGGCUUUGAUGGGGAUCCUCAACGGCAACGCUGGCCUUGUAUCCACUUGUCUGGGCGAGAUCACGAACCGCAGUAAUCAGUCGCGAGCGUUUACCUAUCUUCCUGUGUUAUAUGGCAUCGGAGGCAUCACUGGUCCUCUUUUGGGCGGGUCUUUAGUCCUCAAGACUAAUCCUCUGAAGAAGGGAGAACCCAACCCCUAUCCAUAUGUGCUUCCGAAUGUCAUAUCGGCGAGCAUCCUGAUCAUUGAUUUUAUCCUUGUCAUUUGUCUACUUGAAGAGAGCUUGGAGGACGCGGAGAACCUACCAACUAUCACCGAUAGAUUCAAACAACUGUUCAGCUGGGUGUGGGAAUUCACCACAUCCCACCGACCGACUUACCUGCGGGUCCGGUCUGGACCGGUUUAUCAUCACCUGGGUACGAGACACGGGCGAUCCUUUAGUGAUUUGACCCACGAUGAAACGGAUUUGGAUUCAGCUUCUGAGACGGCUGAAGAAGAUGAUCAUCCUCCGGAGUUGACGCGGGAAGAAAUCUUCAACCGGGAUACCAUUCUCUUAUUGCUAACAUACCUAAUCUUCGCACUGGUGAAUGUCUCUUUCAACUCUCUGUACCCCAUCUUUGCUCAGGCCCCGGAACCUGCUGGUCGAGAAUUAAGUCCCCAAGAGAUCGGUUUAUCCCUGGGUUUCUCUGGUGUCGUAACUAUCAUCUUCCAGAUCUGCGUCUUUGGAAAGUUACGUGAUAAAAUGGGGAAUAAAUGGUCAUAUCGCGCGGGUCUUCUGGGCUUCGUAAUCGCAUUCCUGCUCAUGCCGUUGAUUGGUUAUAAAGGCUCUGAUAAAAAUGGUCGUCUAUCCAAAAACUCGGCUUUGUUAGCUGUUGAACUUUGCUUUGUGCUACUCGUCAAGACUGUGGCCGCUGUGGGAGGAUUAACGAGUGCACUUUUACUAGUGACAAACUCGGCACCAAACCACUCUGUCCUAGGCGCUCUUAACGGUCUUGCGCAGACCCUCUCCGCAGCCGGCCGUGCAGUUGGCCCAUUCCUAUCCGGUGGACUUUUCUCACUCGCCCAGAAAUUGCAAAAGAGUGAAAUGCUUGCAUUCGGUGUCUUUGCUGCAGUCGCCUUUGUCGGGUUCGUGUUGAGCUUUGGUAUUCGAUCCUCGGCUCUUGAGGCUGCGGGGUGGAGUAGCGAUGAGGAUGAUUUGGAUAAGUCGGAUGAUGAAAUAGAGCAUGGAGCGUAAAAGUUUUCUACUCUCCUUUUAUGCCUUUUCCUUGUGGGGAGAUUAUAAUCUACUUCGCAAUGCUCCAUGAGAUAUGAUUAUACGUGAAAAUACUACCUACGGAUGUUCUGUAUUAAUCCUGAUUAGGAGUAUGCUUAAGCAA